UUCAUUGACAUUGACAGUAAAGUUGUCACAUAUAAAACUGGGAUUUUGUUUGGAUUUUGUACGUGCUUUAUUUUAAUUUUGUAUCAAUGUUUGAGUUUAUUACAAAUGUUCGUGCUGAACUUUUCGAAGAAUUCAUAGAUUUGCUUGAUCAAAUAUCCGAAGACAGCCUCUACCUCUAUGAUAGAAUAACUGAAAAUCUUAUCAUCGAGUUGAGGCGCCACCUAAACAUACCCCGAAGGAGGGAAAACCACCUCAAUGAAAUAGUUUAGGCCCCCCUUCUAAUAGAAUUUGAUAAAUUCUCGUCAAUCAAGGUAGGUACUUAUUUUAAAACAUAAAAAUAUUGCUGAAAAUGAGAAGAAAAAUAAAGAAAUCGCUCAAACGUGAAAAAGAUAAGAGUGGCUCUAGAAAACAAAAAACUGAAAUUAACGAAGAAGACACUAUCCAUGAUUCAAAUGAAGGAGAAAGCAAGAAUACUAAUGGGGCUGGGGCUGGUACGGCAACACAAGAAAAUAGUCAUCUAAAUAAUGAAGAAUUCACUGAAAACAAAAAAGAAGAUAUAGAAAAUAGUGAAAAACUACAUAAUGUAUCAAUUCAUGAUGAAGGUAAAGCAAAUGAAAAUGAAGGAAGUGUUGAAAAUUUUAACAAACCCAAAGACCAAGUGCGACAUGAGAAAUUUGUAACACCUAACAUUGCAAAAGAAAAUGAUUCGGGUAUCGAUAAAAAGUCUGAUGAAAUAAAAAACAAUGAAUCAAAGAUUAAACAAAAUACUAAUGAUUUUGUGGAAAGUGCAAUAGAGCUAAGUAAAAAAGAUAAUGUUGAAGAAAUGCUGUCUGAAAAACAAAAGUCAGAAGAUGCUGUAGCUGAUGAAACAGAUGUCACUAAAGGAAUGGCAUCAAAAGUGCAAACAGAAGUAAAGGAAAAACAAGCCAAACAAGAUAAUAUUGAAGAUAUAGAGUGUUCAUCCCUGAUUUGUGAACAGGAGAAUCUCAGAGCUAUAGAGGCAGGAGUUUUCGAUUUUGUAAUAGAAGAAGAUUUGAUAGAGGAAAUCGACGAAGAAACAAAAUUACAGGAAGAAAAGGUUGAGGAAGAACAAGAAGUCUACGUAGAAGUUCCAAUAGAUCCCGCUGAGCCGUAUAAUUUUAGCGAUUCUCAAGAAGCGUUGAAAGCGCCGUUUGAAUUAAGGCUAGACCAGCUAGUUGAAUUAGAACAACUGUGGGAAUCGUUUCAGAACUGUACUCCAGCCUAUAGUGACAUUGAUGGCUACAUUACUGAAAAAGAACUAGUUUUCAUGCUCAAAGCCUUAUUAAUAAUGACUUAUACCCCAGAACAAUUGCAAGAGCUAAUAAACUUUUGCGUGAGACCACCAGACCCAGAAGGCCGAAUAACCUUCGAACAAUUUGUGAAAAUGGUAACAAUGAGACAACGUGAUUUCCCCGUUGAAGAGGAGGUAAGAGCAGCUUUAAAAGUGAUGGAUACUGAGGACAUCGGUGUAAUAGACAGAGAGUUCAUGCGGGAAGUGCUCCACAAACAAGGAAACAAAAUGGGCCCCAAAAUGGUGGAUAAACUGAUCAAAGAAGUGGAUAUAGCUGGAGAUGGCACGAUAAACGUUGAAGAUGUUGUCGGUACUAUGGUUAUCGAUCUUAACAGAGACGACAUACUGCUUCUACGGCAAACUCUGUUUCCUGAUGAGGCUCCAACAGAAAUUAUUAUUCCGGAUGAUCCGACAGCAACAGCUACAGAUGAUUAAAUUGUACCUACCUUUCA